CCCUUUCUCGCUCGCUCUGCCUGCCACCCCACUAGCCACCCCCUGCCUACUAAAUUCAAUUCGCACAGAUUCCUAGUGCCAACAAAUAUGUUGGUUGGCGAAUUCAAAUACAUUAUUCACAAGCACAUAAAACAAUCGUCUUGUGGGACUUCGGCAAUGACUCACGAGAAGACCAUCUAUUUAUUUAUCAAUGGCACAGCUCUAAAGGCUGGAGCGUUGAUGCAAGAAAUUUACGAAAUGCAUAUGGCGGAGGACGGUUUCCUGUAUAUAGAGUACGCCGCAGAAAAUACCUUGGGGUAA